AUGGAGUUCAGUCUCGACCCCCUCCCUACCUUUGAGCGGGCAGCCCCCGCUCCUCUCGACUACCCCGAGUCGGAGCAUGAAGUGGACUCUCUGGGCCUCUCCAGGACCUCACAAGCCUCUCUCUACUCGCAGUACAGCAGCCGAGCAUCGCUUCCGUCCGUUCCAGCUUCGCGCGAGGAUCCGCAGUCCACUGCAUUCUGGGGCAACUUUGGGGUCUCCUCCGUCAAUCUGGAUCAAGAUCUUUCGGACAUGACGGCCCCUCUGAAUAUCGUGAAGCGUGAGCGAGCGCUAUCUGAACACAGGCUGUCCGAUCGUCGCGGUGGAGACCGCUCGGGUGAGCUCAGUGCUGCUAGCCUUCCGAAUGCGACUAACCACCCUUCAGCGAUCUACGAGACGGAAUUAUCCAUCCCUGACAUCUUCCUCGACCCUGGCAUCUCCCCGGCUGAACCUAGUCCCGUUAGUCAACGCACCAUCGCUCGGAAAUCUGUCGUUCCUUCACACUGUGUAUCUGUUCCGCAUUCCCCUACCACCAGUGCGGGCGACCAUGGCUACCCCAACGAGAUCCCCGAUUACUACAGAGGAGGAAGGAAGAUCAGUCUUCAGUUCCGCGAUUCCGUCCCACCAGUGCCUAGUCGUGACUCUUCGCCAGGCGAAGAAGAGAACGCACUGUUGAAGUACCCUCCAUUCCCUGAGGAUGCAGAUCCGCACUCUGGCGACGAGCUGUUGUCGCCCACGGAAUGGGGCGUUGAGCCACCAGAGAUGCGGCGUGACUCUGGGCACUCCUCUGACGGUGGAAUGGUACCUGCGACUCCCAAGUUGGCCGCCGCGCGUUCGCCGCCUGCGAGACCUCCACGACCGCCGCCAAAUCUUUGCCCGCCCGUGAACGGGCUCCCUCUUCCCCACCUUCCUGAGGAGCAAAGCCGACGCGACGACAACCUAAACUCAGGCUUAGCCGGGUCUCAGAAGCGAGAUCUUCUGUCACCAAGCGUGUCGCCACCGCCGCCCUCAGAACGCGUGGACGUCCGGCGCCAUAGCGGAUACUCAGCUCGCGACUCGGGCUCUGAUUUUAGCUAUCGGUACAAGGCCACUUCCCCUGCCGGCAGCGGCGGAUACGAUGACGUGGACAGCGAGACGGGGAGCAAAUGGCGGCCAAGCAAAGAACUGGGGAGCACGCAGCGGCAGCGUGACCCAACGCUUCCUCCCUCACCGACCAAGUCACUGGCACCGCCAGCCGUAAGGAAGCUGAAGCCGCGCAGCCCACUCGCAAAGGACGGGCAGGAAGAAGAUGAAACGUGCCUCUUCUCCGACACGGACGAAGACGAUGACUUUGGCCCGGGACUGCGGUCCCGUGCGCGCUCCGCCGCCUCCAGUGCCAGGAGGCGCUCGUCUAUGCCUGAGUCGCCCGUGCCAUUCGACAUCCCGUCGAAAGCCGCCUCCAUCCUCGGUCUUGGUGAUAGCGCACCAGAAAGCGGAAAGAAGAAGAAGAGCGGUGGCAUUCUCGGUGACAUCGGAAGCAAGCGUCUGCUCUCGCGGCGGCGCACUGCUGGCUCUUCCUCUGCCUCCACCCUACGAGGCCACAUGCGGAAACUUAGCGAGUUUGACCCCAUCGGCUUCGUCAAGGGCGAUACCCGCGAGGCCCACAUCGAUCGCAACGGCGACCUUUGGGUCAACGUUAGUGCCGAGGCGAAGAAGCGCCCCGAGUCCACGCGCACGACACGCACCCGGUCGGAUUCCGACAAAGGUCUUCCGGCGCUGCCGCAGACGCCUAACGAGGUCGAUGUCGCGGAGCAGGUCGAGCUGUAUCACGCGGUCAAGUCUCGCGCGCUGCCCCCGACACCCGAGUCACCGAACUCUGCAAGACCCCGCACCACGACUCCGAGCGGUCGCACCACCCCCAUCGCGGCGACGACCAAGCGUGCCCGCCCUGGGUCGAUGUUCCUGAGCCGAAGCGCAUCGCAGAGCCUGCGCCGCACCGGCUCGCAAGCGUCGAGCAUCAAGGCUGCGAGCGUCGCCGUCCCACCGCCGAUCAGGGAAAGCCCUCCUCGCGCUCCGCCUCGCGGCCCGUUGCCGCCGCCCCCUCAUAGUCCACCUGGCAGUCCGCGCCAGGUCACCAGCCCAAUCCCGGGCAGCGCAGGCCACAAGCGCUCCGCCUCUAGCAGCUCCGGCGCCACGAGCCUGGCCCAUGUCAAGCCAACUCGAGACACGUUGAUCCCCUACUUCCCUCCUGAGGAGCAGCUGAUCCGAUAUGUGUCGCCUUCUCGCCCGCUGUCACACGCACAGGGUCGACGCACGCGCGCUCUGGCACGUACGCCCUCGCAGAGCCAGACAAUGUACGAGGGCUCACGCGCCCCGCAGCACGGUAUCUCUGAUUCGAUGCGUGACGAGCUCAUCGCCGCGCUGCAGCACGGCAACCUGACGCCGGAGCAGAGUGCGCUCCUCGAGGCAACAUUUGCGGCGCUGUUCAGUCGCCCGCCGGCGCCUCGCCCCAGUGCACCUGAGCCCGGACGCCAGCGCCCGGACGAAAUGGUAUUCCCCGCCCCUCCGCCUCGCACCUCUGGUGAGCUUCUGCGACCCGAGAACGCUCUGCCUGACGUGGACACGGAGGAAGAUGAGCCACCGCGCCCGGCGUCGGUGCCUCCCCCGCGACCUCCAAGGCGGAGCGUGAGGCGCCACUCGCGCAGCAUGAACCGCCUCAAUGUGCCCUUGGAGACGCACUCGGAUGAGUCGGGGCUCGAGAGCGCGCGCGACGACCGCAGCGAGAUCGAUCCUGCUCCUGCCUCCGCUGCGGCUGUCCAGAGUGAAGUGUCCGAGUGGGAGCCCGAUACACCAGCGACGAAGACGCGUUUCCCGGACUUCAUGAAACGGCUCAACAAGAAGGAUCAGGUGUAG